AUGAAGAGCACUUCAGGAUAUGCUUUCUCUUUUGGAAGUGGUGUGUUUUCUUGGGCAUCUGUCAAGCAACAUAGUGUUGCUCUCUCCACAGCUGAAGCUGAGUAUGUUAAUGCAAGUGAAGCAACUACUCAGGCUAUAUGGUUGAGGUUUGUGCUAGAGGAUUUUGGAGAAUUGCAUACAUAA